GCAGGCUGGAGAAGUUGCUCUGGCUCUGCGUCAUAUUUAUUCCAGCGGAUCCGUGCGCUCUCUCCCGCCUCUUCCUCUAAAUUCUCUCUCUCUCUCUUUCUUUCUUUCUAUCUCUCUGUCCAUGCUUUUUAGGGCUAAUUGACCCAGCUCCAGAACAUCAAUACACAGAGCUUCGACUGCCACAAACAGCGCAGACCCUGAAGAGGUAAAACGUGGUGAGGCAAUUGUGACCGAACAAUGUGAUCUUGAUUGCAUUCAUUUGCAUGCGGUUUUGACUGCGCACACUUGAACUUACGGCUACAGCAAGAAGACCGCUGUGACUCCGAGGGAAGGUGAGCGCGUGUGUGUGUCAGCACAUGCAGAAGAAGCCCAUGCUCACAGUGCGUGGACUGAACAACACCGUUUCAUUAAGAGCAGUGCCAAACAUGUGAGAAGAUGUCUGUUGGAGGUUGUGCUUGCCCAGGCUGUUCGUCCAAGUCGUUCAAGCUGUACUCCCCAAAGGAGCCUCCCAACGGCAGUGCCUUCCCUCCAUUUCACCCAGGCGCAAUGCUGGAUAGAGAUGUGGGACCAACACCAAUGUAUCCCCCCUCUUACAUGGAACCUGGAAUAGGAAGGCACACACCGUAUGGGAAUCAAACAGACUACAGAAUAUUUGAGCUUAACAAAAGGCUACAGAAUUGGACAGAGGACUGUGACAAUCUGUGGUGGGAUGCGUUCACUACGGAGUUUUUUGAAGAUGACGCAAUGUUGACUAUCACAUUCUGCCUGGAAGAUGGACCUAAACGAUAUACUAUCGGUAGGACGUUGAUUCCACGAUACUUCCGAAGUAUUUUCGAGGGUGGGGCCACAGAGCUCUUCUAUGUGCUGAAACAUCCCAAGGAAUCUUUCCACAAUAACUUUGUGUCCCUGGAUUGUGAUCAGUGCACCAUGGUUACACAGAAUGGCAAACCCAUGUUCACACAGGUGUGUGUGGAGGGCAGGUUGUACCUGGAGUUUAUGUUUGACGACAUGAUGCGUAUAAAGACGUGGCACUUCAGUAUCAGACAGCACAGAGAGGUUGUGCCAAGGAGCAUCCUAGCAAUGCAUUCCCAAGACCCUCAAAUGCUUGACCAGCUAUCAAAAAACAUCACAAGAUGUGGAUUAUCUAACUCUACCCUGAACUACCUCCGACUUUGUGUAAUCCUGGAGCCCAUGCAGGAGCUGAUGUCAAGACACAAGACGUACAGUCUCAGCCCACGAGACUGCCUCAAAACCUGUCUGUUUCAGAAGUGGCAGAGGAUGGUGGCCCCACCAGCUGAGCCUGCGAGACAAGCCCCCAGCAAACGAAGGAAACGAAAAAUGUCCGGUGGCAGCACCAUGAGUUCGGGAGGGGGCAACAAUAACAACAGCAACAGUAAAAAGAAAAGUCCAGGCGGCGGCGGCUUUGCGCUUUCCAGCCAGGUACCUGAUGUGAUGGUGGUGGGAGAGCCCACUCUGAUGGGAGGGGAGUUCGGGGACGAGGAUGAGCGACUGAUCACGCGGCUGGAGAACACACAGUUUGAUGCGGCCAAUGGCAUCGACGACGAGGACAGUUUCAACAGUUCCCCAGCCCUGGGCACCAACAGCCCCUGGAACAGCAAAGCCCCCUCCAGCCAGGAGAGCAAAAAUGACAACCCCAACUCACAGUCAUCCCAGUAGAAGAAUUAGGGGGCUAGACUCGUAGCUGGGAGACACGCACCUUUGUUAAAAGCGCCAAUCGCUUGACAGUUCCUAAAGGUCUUCGGCCUCGAUUAGUCCUCUGUUGACUCUUUUUGUAUCAUAUUUGAAGAGUAAAAUUACUCCUCGCCAUCCAACACGCCGUUUUAUUCUUUUCAUUUUUGUUUCGCAUUUGACCUCUUAGAGCCUCGAUUAGGUUUGGCGAAGGCAGCCGUAUCUGUGGGUUAUUGUUCCAACCUCGGGUCUCUCUGUGCGUGCUGUGCUGUGACACGCAUGGCCGUUUCUGUUGUGCUCACCUCACAGGAAAGGAUCUUUUUUAUCUAACCAUUUGGUAAUAUGACCAUUGUGUGCACCUCAGACUCAAACCCAACACUCCAUUUUUAAAAACUAAAUUAUUUGUUUUAUAGGACCUGGUUGGAACAAAAACCUGUACAGUACCGGAGCUUGAGGACCGGAGUUGAGAACCACUACGUAAAGUCCUUAAAGUAAAAAUAAAUAAAGUGUAAAGCAUUGAGGUUCUUGAGUUUGGUCGUGCCCAAAAUGGUCAGGGAGAACAUGCCUGACCAUAAAGCCAGACUCAAAAGGAAGUGUUUAAUUUUUUGCAUUUUGUUUUUGUUUUUUAUUUUUAUAACUAUUUCUAAGGAGAAAAAAGCAAGCAAACAAAACUCUAAAUAUCCUUUGCACUCUUGUCACUGUAUUUUGGAUCUAUUUUUCUUAAAAAAAAAAGAGGAAUUUUGUUCUUAUUGAAAAUUGAUAAUCUUUAACUGGAAAAAAUGCUGUCAAUCUCAAUGUAAAAUAACACAUUUUGUAUUGUUAUCAAUAUUUUAAGAAAAUGCUACUUGCUCUAAGCUUUACACCUUAACUGUCUUUCUGUUAAAAUUGUCUUUGAUAAAGGAUAUUACAUGAUCAUAGCAUGUAUGUCUGGGUACUGCAUGUGUCAGACAAUAGCUAGUUCAGCUGAAACACUCCCAUUGUUUGCUGGAUUUUAAUCCCUCGCUGUUAUUCAAGACAUUUUGUUCAGAGACAAAAUGCAAGUGGACAUGGUAGAUACGUUUUUUUUUAACAAGAAAUAACAGAUCAAAAUUACUCAAUGCUUUUGUCGUUCACACUGAUUAGUUUGCUAAGAAAACAAUUUUUCUAAGAUGGUAUAUGAGGUAUAUACUUACAAAUUUUUCUUCCCUAAUGCUACAGACCAAGGAGCAAGAUCCUUUAAUCAACACAUUUCUAUAAAGACUUUUCUUUUCAUUAUUUUGUUUGUGUAUUUGUGAUUGUAUAUUUAAGACUGUAGCCUGUAUAAGUUCUGUAUAAGUGUAAUUCUAUUUACUCUUCUUGUUCAUCUUCACAAUCUGUUAUAUGUCAAAAGCUGAACUUCUCAUUUCAGAACAUGUUCCUAGAUGCAUUAAAGGUACUACCUGUCACCUAAGAACUACCUUUCAUUCAAAAGGGUAGAUUAUAGUUGUUAAGUCAAUGUCAUUGUAUUUAUUAUUAUUUUUUUUAAGUCUUUGCCAUUGCAUUAUAUAUCAAGACAAUACAUGUUGCUCUGUAUUUGUUUUUGCCUUUGUAUGUUGUUUCAUUUUUAAUGUUGUUUUAUCAGAUGACACAAAUAUAAUGGACUCCAUAAGAAUACUUAUUUAAACUAGUGUUACAACAGUCUAGACCAGUGGUUCUCAAAUUUUUUGUGUGUUUAGUGCACCCAUUCGUGCCCAAAGGAAAUGUUUGACAUAAAAUGUUCUUAAACUGAAAAUUUGAAUUAAACAAAACCUAUUCAGUUACGCAAAAUGUAGUACUGUUGGUUAUUAGCAUUGCUUUUUUUGAGGUUUAAUUACAUAGAAUUUAUGAUAAAUUAAUAUAUUUUUAUAAAACUGUUUGAGAACCACUAGCCUAGACCAUCAAUUCUUAAAAGCCUGCAGUGUAUUCGUUUUUAAAACACCAGAGGGCACUCCUGUGAGGUCUUCAUCUUAUAAAUAAUCAUCAAACUAGCCAAAUCCAGCAUUUCCUCCUAUCUACGGCAACAUCAUACAGACGAAACAUUUCUUUUUCUACAUUCAUCAUCAGUCACUUGUAAACUACAGUGUUGUGUAGGAUUCAUUAACCAAAUCGGCCACAACCCCCAGGUGUGCUUUUUCCUGUCCCUGUAGAGCCACUUUGUUAGUGGUUGUUUUAGAAGGAUAUUUUUGCCUAGUGUCUGCCAUUGACAGUUGAUGUAUGGAAACAAUAAAACACAUUUUUACAGCUA